AUGACGGAUUUCCUCUCCACCAGCAUCAAAUACUACCUGCUACAUGCCACGAAAGGCAAAGCGACCGCAUCGCUGGACAAGAUUGAAGUGAAGGCACAGGCGGCUGAAUCGAAGAAAGCCUCCAAAGCGCAAACACCACAAGCUCCAGCUCCCGAAGACCAGGACGAAGACCAGGACCAAUUCGGACGCAAUCAAAAAGAGCUUCUGGAGCUUUGCAAGAGGCGCUUCUUCUACCGGCAGUCAUCGGACAUCUAUGGUGGUGUUGCAGGCUUCUAUACCUAUGGCCCACCAGGUUGCGCCGUGAAGAACAAUAUCAUCAGCCUUUGGAGACAGACCUUCGUGAUCUCCGAACAUCUCCUGGAGAUUGAGGACAGCUGCAUUAUGCAGCAUUCUGUUCUCAAAGCUUCUGGUCAUGUAGAUCGCUUCAAUGACUUUAUGGUGAAGGACGUCAAGGACGAGUCCAAGUUCUUCAGAGCCGACAAGCUCUUAGAGGAGGUCAUGGAAGCCAAGCUGCAAACACCAGGCAUCACUGAAGCACAGAGGCAUGAGUACACCACUGUGCGAAACCAGGCGGAUGCCUUCUCACAGAAAGAGAUGUGGGAGAUGUUUCAGAAAUACGAGAUCAAGUCCCCGGAGACAGGAAAUGACUUGAGCGAGCCCUACGAGUUCAAUUUGAUGUUUCCGACCCCAAUUGGCCCAGGUGGCUAUUUGCAGGGUUACCUACGACCAGAGACAGCACAGGGCAUUUUCUUGAAUUAUAAGUAUUGCUUGGAGCAGAACUCGAACCGCCUUCCCUUUGGUGUGGCGCAAGUGGGGCGCUCUUUCCGCAAUGAGAUUGCGCCCCGGGCUGGCCUUACAAGACAGAGAGAGUUCACCCAGGCAGAGAUCGAGUAUUUUGUGAAUCCCAAGCAGAAGGAUCAUCCAAAGUUUGGACUGGUGGAAAGUACCGUGCUGACUCUAUUCCAUGCGGAUGCACAGCUCUCUGCACAAGACCCUGUCAAGAUGACAGUUGGGGAAGCAGUGCGUUCGGGUCUCAUCAACAAUGAGACUCUGGGCUACUUCAUUGUUAAGACAUGGCAAUUCCUGGUCAGUAUCGGAUUGAAGAAGGAAUACAUUCGUUUUCGUCAGCACCUGCCGACAGAGAUGGCUCACUAUGCCUGUGACUGCUGGGAUGCAGAGAUCUUUGGGUCCUAUGGGUGGUUGGAGUGCGUCGGAAUCGCUGACCGCUCUGCGUUCGAUUUGACAGCACAUGCUAAUGCAGCAAAAUGCGACUUGCAAUACAAGGAGUCAUUGGAGAAACCCUUUGAGCGAGAGAUCCUGGUCCUGACCAAGAAAUCCGGGGUCGAGAUCAUGAAGGCGUUCAAAAAGGAUGGAAAGAUGGUGAAAGAAUUUGUAGAGGCACAGCCACAGGAGGAACUAGAAUGUAUUGCCAAGCAACUGGAUUCCAGUGGAGAUGCUGAAGUUCAGAUCGACGGCAAAGCCUUCACAUUAACCAAAGGCCUUGCUGUCUUCGAACGGAAGAAAGAGAAGGUCACUGUGAAUGCCUUCACUCCCGGUGUCAUCGAGCCUUCCUUUGGAAUCGACCGCAUUUUCGCCAUGCUACUAGAGCAUGUCUACAGUGCUCGGCCGAAGGAAGACCAAGAUGACAAGCAGACACGGGGGGUUUUGUCUUUUGCUGCUGCCUCUGCACCAUACAAGUGCGUAAUUCUGCCUUUGGAUCAGCGAAUUGCCCGCGACAAGCGGUAUCUUCAGAUGCUUGAUUCCUUCCAGAGAGAACUUUGUGAACAGGGCCUGUCCUUCACUAGUGAUGAGAGCAAUGCCACCAUUGGCAGAAGGUAUGCUCGUAAUGAUGAGUUGGGCGUGCCUUUUGCGGUCACGUUUGACUUUGAAACGAUGGAGGACAGCAGCGUGACCCUUCGAGAACGCGACACCAUGUGGCAGAUCCGACUGCAGCUGUCGCUUCUGGGAGAGCUUUUGCGGUGCCUUUGCAAGGGUAGCGAGUCCUGGCAAUCCGCCUUUCAACGCUUUCCCCACAAAAAGACAAGCAACGAAGAGUUUCGGAAAGACUAG